AUGGCUCUGAGGGAGCUGAAAGUUUGCCUUCUGGGGGAUACUGGUGUGGGCAAGUCGAGUAUUGUGUGGAGAUUUGUAGAAGAUAGCUUUGAUCCCAACAUCAACCCAACAAUAGGAGCCUCAUUUAUGACCAAGACUGUACAGUAUCAAAAUGAGCUGCAUAAAUUCCUAAUUUGGGAUACAGCUGGACAGGAGCGGUUUCGUGCUUUAGCCCCAAUGUAUUACAGAGGGUCAGCAGCAGCCAUUAUAGUGUAUGACAUCACAAAGGAGGAAACUUUCUCAACAUUAAAGAACUGGGUUAAAGAGCUUCGACAGCAUGGACCUCCAAACAUUGUUGUAGCUAUUGCAGGAAAUAAGUGUGAUCUUAAUGAUGUAAGAGAAGUCAUGGAAAAAGAUGCUAAAGACUAUGCAGAUUCCAUUCAUGCAAUAUUUGUAGAGACAAGUGCAAAAAAUGCAAUAAACAUUAAUGAACUCUUUAUAGAAAUUAGUCGCAGAAUUCCAUCAACUGACACCAACCCCCCAUCUAGUGGUAAGGGCUUCAAACUUAGAAGACAGCCAUCGGUGACAAAGCGCAGCUGCUGUUGACUGAUCCCUUAGAAAAUCAAACUUGUCUAUACAGUAGGUGGUCUUGGAAGUUAAUAGUUCACGUUGGGUUUAUAUUAUCAGUCUUAGAUCUUUAUCUGCUGGUGUUAAUACACACAAGGUCCCACAAAAAUGGACCAGUUCAUCUGACAUCUGUACACUCGCAGAAGAGACUGCAAUCGUAAUGUCAGCCUGUUUACUUACAAAAAGUGUAGUAUCUCUUGCAUUCAAAGGGAAUCCAUCAUCACUUUUUUGGCCUUGCUUGACAGGAAGGUGACUAUAUCGAUGGUAGUACUGAAAUGUUUAAUAGUUUUGUAAUCAAGAUUUUAGGGUGGUUUUGUGUUUUUGUAAAAAGGGAAAUGAGCACUUUUGUGGGACUUAAGGGUGGGAGGCGUCUGGAAGUUAGGUGUCACUUCUUCCUUUUCUUCAGUGAGCCUUAUUUUAGCUAAGUAGCUAAAUUGUAGCUAAUCCAAAGUAUGAUAGGACAGUUGAUGUGAGGUGGCUACAGAAUAAGCAACUGAAGACAAACAAUAGGCAAAUCAGUCCAUCCAGUCCCCAAAUCCCAUUUGCACUUUUUAUUUAAAGAUGAUAUGCGCCAGGGGUGGGGACACAAGCAACAGCUAUUAAACCACAGACAAUCUUUUUUUUCAUGCUGACUUUAAUCACUUUAAGGCAAACUGAUACCUUUGUAGGCAUCUUUUUGUUCCUACAAGUUUUUUAAUAUUAAGAUGUUGGUUGAAGGAAACCUAGUUGUAGUUCUGACUAAAUUAAGUGGUUACUGACUAAAGCCAGAUGCUGUAAACAGAUGCUGUCAGUGGUUCAGGUAAGACCUAAAAGUUCUUGGGGAAAGCUUUUAAUUGCUUGGCAUGUGUAAAGUGUUCAUAUUAUAUUUAUGAGACCAGUGUUUAAAGUAUUAUAAAUUAUGUAAGAGAAAAAAAAAAGUAAAAAAAAAAAAAAUAAUGCAAUCUUAUACACUCCUUCCAUUCCAUACCUAUGGAUAAACUCCUGGGAUAUCUCCAUCAGGUGGUUUUUCCUGCGUUUUAGGUAUUGCCACUGUGAGCUCAUCUAGAGGCAGACUAAAAUUCUUUCUCUUUCAAUCACAUUUGGAAGGGCCAAUAGGGAAUGGUGUUGGUGUAGCAUGAGGACUGUUGAAGUUUUCAUCUGUGGUGCACCCAGUCUUUCUUGUUUUGGGCACAAAAACAUAAACAGGAAGUAACCUUAAGACAUGGUAAUGUAGAUCAUUACCUUUUGGUUCCUAGGCUUUUUCAUCUGUGAGGG